AAAGCUGGGGUAUCACUGGCUGAGGAGCAGCUAUGAUAGAUAACCUCCAGCGGACAAGUGAUCGAAAUAUACAUCCUGCAGCAGUGACGAGAGGACCGACGGUCGCUUUCGACUGAGUAGGUCUUCAACCUGAACGCGACAACAUCCCAGCCGAGCUCAUCAGGCUCCACCGAGAAAAUUUGUGUCGCUUCGUCCUGAAGGUGACAACCCGAACCGCCGUCUGCAACGGGAUCAACGGAGACGGCGUACAGCUAGUGAACGAAUGGACUGAGCCGACGGAGCGCGCCGGUUAAAGGAUGCCGCCGCCUGACGGCGAGACCGUCGACACUACGGUUGACAGCCUGCGGGAGCACGAGAUUGACCGGUGCGCCGUGCUUGUGGUGCGCGACUCGCCGACCGGCCAGCACGCCAGGGACCGCGCCGCCGCCUCGCUGCCCACAAACCUCACAUUCCGAGAGGGGGAGUCAGGGGUAGGCGCCAAGAUCAAACUGCCUAAGGGCACGCGGUUCGGACCUCUGGUGGGGGAGGUGCUGCAGGUCUACCAAGUGCUGCCCGAUGCCGAGAAAAAACACUUCUGGAGGGUGUAUGACGCCGACGGCCAGUACCACGUGAUCAACGCCGCCGACCCGCGACGCUCUAAUUGGAUGCGCUUUGUCAACCCUGCCUUCUCGGCCGACGCUCAGAACCUAGUCGCCUGCCAGCACGAGGGAAGCAUUUACUUUUACACUACCAGGGACGUCAAUCCGGGAGAAGAGCUUACCGUCUGGUAUUGCCAGGACUUCGCCAAGCGAGUGAAGUACCCAAUGUCUGGUUCUCUUCUGCUGACAGAAACCCAGGACCGCGCUAGAAAGAACCGCCUGGCCGCGCCGGGGGUGUUGAAGCCAAAGCAAGAGCCGGAGUCGUGCGUGACAGCACAGCAUGAGUCGGAGGUGACCGUGAAGCCAGAGCUGAAGCCGAUGACGUCGGCCGCGCAGGUGGCCACGCCCGGCUCUCCGGGACGCUCAGACGAAGGCUACCAGAGUCACGACUGCCAGACGGACUCGCCGCCACAAGCUGCCAGCAGCGACGAAGAGGGCGACAACUACGUGCUGGACUUUAGCCGGCCGGCAAAACGGCAGCACGCCGACGUCUCACGCAACGAGUUCCGCAAGGUCAAGAUCAAGAUGUCCAAGGCGUACCACAUCAAGUCGGAGAACGCGGUCGAGCGGCGGCGGAGUAGGUCGUGCCUAGCCGAGCGGCCGCCACCUGCCCUGCACUUGCUGCGCGUGCCGCUGCCGCGCUGCUGCGACCUCGAGUGGGCUGCGCCCGACGCCACCAGCAGCCUCCUCGAGAGCAUUCUGCUGCGCCGGCAUGGCGAAGCCGAGCAACGGCUGGUGACAGGCCCCUGGAACAGGGACGCGGCGUGGCCCCGCGACAGCCGCACCCUGCCUUUCCCGUUGCGGAAGAAGGACGGCAAGAUGCACUACCAGUGCAACCAGUGUCUGAAGACCUUCGGCCAGCUGAGCAACCUCAAGGUGCACAUGCGCACGCACAGCGGUGAGCGGCCCUUCAACUGUACCGUCUGUGGCAAACGUUUCACCCAGCUGGCCCACCUGCAGAAACACAACCUGGUCCACACCGGCGAGCGGCCCCACGCCUGCCACCUCUGUGCCAGGCGCUUCAGCUCUACUUCCAACCUGAAGACGCACAUGCGGCUGCACUCGGGCCAGAAGCCGUACGCCUGCGAGAUGUGCCCGUCGCGCUUCACGCAGCACGUGCACCUGAAGCUGCACCGCUGGCUGCACACCAACGAGCGGCCUUUCUCCUGCUACUCCUGCAACAAGCACUACAUCAGCACGUCUGGCCUGCGCAGCCACUGGAAGACGACGCCGUGUGGCCAGGUGGCGCAGCCGGACCUGCUGCCGCCGGUCUGGCUUCUGCAUGGUCCCAGCCCAGCUCGGGUCGACCCGGCGCCGCCGGAGGCGCCGCGCGAUGUCCACUAGCCGGCUGGAGCCGACCCUGCGUCUCCUCCGCGACGGCCCCGGUCUGGCGGCUGCGGCUCCCACCUGUCAAGAGCGAUGCCGUCCACCUUCGGCCGCGCGGCCCUCUGGGCGCGGCUUGGUUGCCGUGAGCGGUUUAGACGCCUUCAGCUGGUGCAUACGUCUUCUCUGCGAUUCGGCCAUUUGGCAGGCACUGUCCCCGUCUGGAUAGUUCCAUCCUCCUUCGGCCAUUCCCUCUUCGUGAGUGAGUCUUAUUUG